AUGUGGAGCAGUGAAGAUGCUCGUUUAGUAAUGGAAACUAUUCGAAAUGAAGAAGAAAGUGAACCUUUUAGUGAUGAAUUAGCAGCUGCAAUGAAAAGACUUUGGGCAGAUCCAGCAUUAAAUACCCAAACAUAUUCUAAACGUUUAGAAUUUCAUUUACACGAUUCUGCUAAACAUUUUUUGGAUAGUUUGGACAGAGUUAGCAAUCCAAGUUAUAGACCUUCUAGACAAGAUAUACUUUUAACCAGAAUUAAAACUACUGGAAUUGUGGAAAUAUCUUUUUUAAUUAAAGGUGUUAAAUUUAGGGUUUUUGAUGUUGGAGGUCAGCGUUCUGAACGAAAAAAGUGGAUACAUUGUUUUGAAGAUGUUAAUGCUGUUAUUUUUAUGGCAGCAGUUUCUGAAUAUGAUGAAGUUUUAUUUGAAGAUGAGACAACUAAUCGAAUGAUUGAAAGUAUGAGAUUAUUUGAAAGUAUUUGUAAUUCUCGUUGGUUUCUACAAACUUCAAUUAUUUUAUUCCUCAACAAAAGGGAUAUUUUUGCUGAAAAGAUUACUUUUGUUUCUAUUCGAGUUUGCUUCAAGGAUUAUGAUGGUCCACAAACCUACGACGACUCAAUCAACUUUAUCCGAAGAAAAUUUGAAGCUUUAAACGCAAAUCCAAGAAAAACAAUUUAUGUACACCAAACAUGUGCUACAGACACAGAUCAAAUUCAGCUAAUUCUUGAUUCAGUUAUUUCUAUGAUAAUACAAACAAAUUUGCAUAAAUCUGGCCUAUAUUGA